CGCUCAAGACGACAGCCUCUCCCCAAGCUUUACCCCGUCGGGGCGCCCACGUGACCGAGAGCAGGCCUCGACCGUCCCGCCCCAUUCGGCCGCUUGCUACCCACUUCCCGCCCACUUCCCACCCCGGGUGCGUACGCGACGGAGCGGGGUGUGAAGAUGGCGGACGAGGAGGCCGAGCAAGAGAGGUUGAGCCGCGGAGGAGGCGGCUGCGCCGCUGAGCUGCAGCGACUGGGCGAGCGGCUUCAGGAGCUGGAGCGACAGCUGCGGGAGAGCCGGGUACCGGCCGUGGAAGCGGCCACUGAGUACUGUCAGCAGCUGUGCCAGACACUCCUUGAAUAUGCAGAGAAAUGGAAAACUUCGGAAGAUCCCUUACCUUUAUUGGAGGUAUACACAGUGGCUAUCCAAAGUUAUGUUAAAGCGCGACCUUAUCUUACCUCUGAAUGUGAAAAUGUAGCAUUGGUUCUGGAACGCUUGGCAUUAAGCUGUGUCGAACUUUUACUAUGUCUGCGUGUUGAGUUAUCAGAUAAACAGUGGGAACAAUUUCAGACACUGGUGCAGGUAACUAACAUCACAGAGGGGUUAUUUGGACCAAGAUUCUUUACUCCAAAUCCCGUAGCUCAUGAAAAGCUGAUGGAGAAUGGCAGCUGUGAAUUACAGUUUUUAGCUACUCUAGCUCAAGAGACUGGGGUGUGGAAAAACCCGGUACUGUGCACUAUUCUUUCCCAGGAACCAUUGGAUAAGGAUAAAGUGAAUGAAUUUUUAGCUUUUGAGGGUCCCAUCUUGUUGGAUAUGAGAAUUAAACAUCUAAUCAAAACAAAUCAGUUAAGUCAAGCAACUGCUCUAGCAAAGCUGUGUUCUGACCAUCCAGAGAUUGGUACAAAAGGUAGCUUUAAGCAGACUUACCUUGUCUGUCUUUGUACAUCAUCACCAAAUGAAAAGUUAAUCGAAGAGAUUUCAGAAGUUGAUUGCAAAGAUGCACUAGAAAUGAUCUGUAACUUAGAAUCUGAGGGUGAUGAAAAAAGUGCUCUUGUUUUAUGUACUGCAUUUUUAUCACGUCAGCUACAGCAAGGAGAUAUGUACUGUGCUUGGGAACUCACUCUCUUUUGGAGUAAAUUACAGCAAAGGGUAGAGCCAUCUAUACACGUGUACCUAGAGAGGUGUCGUCAACUUUCUUUGUUAACCAAGACGGUUUAUCACAUUUUCUUCCUGAUUAAAGUUAUUAAUUCAGAGACUGAAGGGGCUGGACUUGCCACCUGUAUAGAACUAUGUGUAAAAGCUCUUCGUUUGGAAUCUACAGAAAAUACUGAAGUGAAAAUAUCUAUUUGCAAGACCAUUUCGUGUUUGCUGCCUGAUGAUCUGGAAGUUAAACGUGCUUGUCAACUGAGUGAAUUUCUUAUUGAGCCUACAGUAGAUGCAUAUUAUGCUGUGGAAAUGUUGUAUAACCAGCCAGACCAGAAAUACGAUGAAGAGAAUCUUCCAAUACCAAAUUCUUUACGCUGUGAACUCUUACUCGUGUUGAAAACUCAGUGGCCCUUUGAUCCAGAAUUCUGGGAUUGGAAAACUUUAAAACGACAAUGUCUUGCAUUAAUGGGAGAAGAAGCAUCCAUUGUGUCUUCAAUAGAUGAACUAAAUGACAGUGAAGUAUAUGAGAAAGUAGUAGACUAUCAGGAAGAGAUUAAAGAAACUUCUUUGAAUGGAUUUUCUGGUGGAGUUGGUGCUAAUUCUGGCCGCCUUAAAGACAUUCAUGAUGAGAAACAGAAGAAGAGAGAGAUAAAACAAUUAAGAGAGAGGGGAUUUAUAUCUGCUAGAUUUAGGAAUUGGCAAGCCUACAUGCAGUAUUGUGUGCUAUGUGACAAAGAAUUCCUUGGUCAUAGAAUAGUACGACAUGCUCAGAAACAUUACAAAGAUGGAAUUUACAGUUGUCCCAUAUGUGCAAAGAACUUUAAUUCUAAAGACACCUUUGUCCCUCAUGUCACACUGCAUGUUAAACAAUCUAGUAAAGAGAGACUAGCAGCUAUGAAACCAUUAAGAAGAUUGGGAAGGCCGCCUAAGAUCACAAGUACAAAUGAGAAUCAGAAGACCAAUGCUGUGACCAAGCAAGAACAGCGGCCUAUAAAAAAGAAUAGUCUUUAUUCAACAGAUUUUAUAGUAUUUAAUGACAAUGAUGGUUCAGAUGAUGAAAAUGAUGACAAAGAUAAAUCUUAUGAGCCGGAAGUGAUCCCCAUCCAGAAACCAGUACCUGUUAAUGAAUUUAAUUGCCCUGUUACUUUGUGUAAAAAGGGCUUUAAAUACUUUAAAAAUUUAAUUGCUCAUGUAAAGGGACAUAAAGAUAGUGAAGAUGCCAAGCGCUUUCUUGAAAUGCAAAGCAAAAAAGUUAUUUGCCAGUACUGUAGACGGCAUUUUGUAAGUGUUACUCAUCUCAAUGAUCACUUACAAAUGCACUGUGGCAGUAAGCCAUAUAUCUGUAUACAGAUGAAAUGUAAGGCUGGUUUUAACAGUUACGCGGAGCUCUUAACCCACAGAAAGGAACAUCAAGUCUUUAGAGCAAAAUGUAUGUUUCCUAAAUGUGGCAGAAUUUUUUCAGAAGCUUAUUUACUGUAUGAUCAUGAAGCACAGCAUUACAAUACCUACACUUGUAAGUUCACAGGUUGUGGUAAAGUAUAUCGUUCUCAGAGUGAGUUAGAAAAGCAUCUGGAUGAUCACAGUACUCCCGAAAAAGUGCUGCCUCUCGAAGACCAACUUAAUUCUUCUGGAGAUUCUGUUCAGCCUUUCACAGUUAAUGAGAACACAGAAGGAAGUGCUGAGAAAGAGAGAGCUAUGCUUCCUUCAGAAAAUAAUAUUGAAAACAGCUUCCCAGCAGAUAGAAGUGAUUCUUGGGAUAAAAGCAAGGCAGAAUCACCUGGGACUGAACAAGACCAGAUUUCUGCCUCUGUGCUCAGGCAAGCUGAUGGACCAUUGUCAAAUGGUUUGGAAACUCCUGCUACUACCCCUCUGCUUCAGGCCAGUGAAGUAGCUGUAUCCAUUAAGGUGUCUCUUAAUCAGGGGGUCGAGGAUAACUUUGAAAAGCAAGAAAACUCAGAAGGCACUGGUGAAUCGCUAGUCACAAACUUACAUACACCAGUUGAAGAUACUUGUAAUGAUUUGUGUCUUCCAAGUUUCCCACAGAGAAAAGAACAGGAUUGCUUUAAUGAAGCUCAGGUUAUUCAGAAUUCUGUAGUAAAUUCAGAAACCCUUAAGAUAGGUGAUCUUACUCCAGAAAACUUAGAAAGACAAGUAAACAACCUGAUGACCUUUUCUGUGCAAAAUCAGUCAGAAUUUCAAAACAAUUUACCAACUUCUAAGCUUGAAUGUGGAGGUAGUGUUAAAACAUCAUCUAAUCUUUAUAAUUUACCUCUUAAGACAUUAGAAGCUAUCACAUUUGUUCCACCACAGCCCAGCCUAAGUAAUUCUUUAGGAAUUCCAUCAGUGCCUCCAAAAGCUCCAGUUCAGAAAUUCAGUUGCCAGGUCGAGGGAUGUACUCGUGCCUAUAAUUCUUCACAGAGUAUUGGAAAACACAUGAAGACAGCACACCCAGACCAAUAUGCUGCAUUUAGAAUGCAGCGCAAAAGUAAAAAAGGUCAGAAAUCCAACAACUUAAAUACACCAAAUAAUGGAAAAUUUGUGUAUUUUUUGCCAUCACCAGUGAGCAGUUCUAAUAGUGCAUUUUUUACACCACAGACCAAAGCCAAUGGGAAUUCCACUGGUUCAGCCCAGUUGCAGCAUGUCUCACCCAUUUUCCCAGUUCAUAUAGCAAGUGUGUCAACUCCACUGUUGCCCUCAAUGGAAAGUGUCAUAAAUCCAAAUAUUCCUUCUCAGGAUAAAAAUGAACAAGCUAAUAUGUUGUGUUCCCAAAUGGAAAAUUUGUCUAAUACUACUUUGCCAGCACAAAUGGAAGAUCUAACCAAAACAGUUUUGCCUUUGAAUAUUGACAGUGGCUCAGAUCCUUUCCUUCCUUUGCCUGCAGAAAAUAAUUCAAUAUCUCUCUUUCCUUCACCAGCAGAUAGUGGAACUAAUUCUGUUUUCUCCCAACUGGAAAAUAAUACAAAUCAUUUUUCCUCACAGGUUGAGGGAAACACCAAUUCCUCCUUUCUAAAGGGGGGUAAUGGUGAAAACGCAGUUUUUCCUUCCCAAGUGAAUGUUGCAAAUGACUUCAGUAGUACAGGUGCCCAACAGCCUGCACCUGAUAAAGUUAAAAAAGACCAUGGGCGGGGGCCAAAUGGGAAGGAAAGAAAACCCAAGCACAACAAAAGGGCUAAAUGGCCUGCAAUUAUCAGAGAUGGGAAAUUUAUCUGUAGCAGGUGUUACAGGGCUUUUACUAAUCCCAGAUCACUGGGUGGACAUUUAUCUAAGCGAUCUUACUGUAAGCCACUGGAUGGAGCAGAAAUUGCUCAAGAACUUCUACAGAAUAAUGGACAGCCUUCUCUUCUUGCCAGCAUGAUACUCUCCACAAAUGCAGUAAAUUUGCAGCAGCCACAGCAAUCUGCCUUCAACCCAGAAGCGUGUUUUAAAGAUCCAUCGUUCCUGCAGCUUCUUGCUGCUGAAAAUCGUUCAUCAACAUUUUUAUCAAAUACAUUUCCUCGGACUGGUGUGACUAACUUUAAUACCAGUGUUAGUCAAGAGGGAAGUGAAAUUAUUAAACAGGCUUUGGAAACUGCUGGCAUUCCCAGUACAUUUGAAGGUGCAGAAAUGCUUUCUCAUGUCAUUCCAUCAGGUUGUGUCUCAGAGGCAACACAAAUAAAUGCAACGGUCAUGCCAAAUCCAACUGUGCCACCCAUUUUGCAGACUAUAUGCCACCCAAACACCCUGCUGACGAACCAAAAUAGAACACCAAACCCCAAAACUCCCUCCAUUGAUGAAUGCAGCAGUUUGCCUAUCUUUCCAACAAAUGACCUGAUUCUGAAGACUGUUGAAAAUGGUUUGUGCUCUAGUUCAUUCCCUAAUUCUAGUGCACCAUCACAAAAUUUUACCAGUAACAGUUCACGUGUUUCAGUUAUAAGUGGUCCUCAGAACACAAGGUCCCAUCAUCUAAAUAAAAAGGGAAACAGUGCCUCUAAGAGAAGAAAGAAAGUUGCUCCUCCACUGAUUGCACCUAAUGCUUCCCAAAACUUGGUAACAAGUGACUUGACAGCAUUGGGAUUAAUAGCAAAGAGUAUUGAUAUACCAACUUCUAACCUUCAUUCUAGCAUAAUCCCAAAUUGUGAACCUCAGGGUUUGGUAGAAAAUCUAACACAGAAAUUAAACAGUGUUGACAAUCAGUUGUUUAUGACUGAUGUAAAAGAAAACUUCAAAACCAAUCAUGAGUCCCAUACAGUUUUAACACCUUUAACAGUAAAAACUGAAAAUGGUGAUUCCCAAAUGAUGACUUUGAAUUCAUGCACAACUUCAAUAAAUUCUGAUUUGCAGAUUUCUGAAGACAAUGUUAUACAAAACUUUGAAAAGACUCUUGAAAUUAUUAAAACUGCUAUGAAUUCUCAAGUAGAGGUAAAAGGUGGAUCUCAGGGUGUUGGUGAAACAUCACAGAAUGCACAAAUAAAUUAUAACAUUCAAAUUCCUUCAGUAAACAUUGUACAAAAUAAAUUACCUGAUUCUUCUCAGUUUUCUUCUUUCAUUGGCGUCAUACCAACAAAAAGUAAUAAUCCUCAGUCUGAAGUGUUACAUAAGGAGGAUCAAAUACAAGAAAUUUUAGAAGGCUUACAGAAAUUAAAAUUAGAAAAUGACCUAUCCACUCCAGCAUCCCAGUGUGUUCUAAUAAAUACAUCAGUGACAUUGACUCCCACUCCUGUUAAAUCAAUUCCAAAUGCCACAGUUGUCCAGCCAAUUUCUGAAAUGAUAAAUAACAUUCAGUUUAGUGAUAGAGUUAAUAAACCCUUUGUGUGUCAAAACCAAGGCUGUAAUUACAGUGCUAUGACAAAGGAUGCCCUAUUUAAGCACUAUGGUAAAAUUCACCAAUACUCUCCAGAGAUGAUUCUUGAAAUUAAGAAGAAUCAGUUGAAAUUUGCUCCAUUUAAAUGUGUAGUACCCACGUGUACAAAAACAUUUACAAGAAAUUCCAAUCUCCGGGCUCACUGUCAGUUGGUACAUCAUUUUACAACAGAAGAAAUGGUAAAGUUAAAAAUAAAAAGGCCAUAUGGAAGAAAAUCUCAGAAUGAAAAUAUGUCAACCCCACGAAUUACACAAGUUAAAAAGCAGCUAUCUAUGACAGAGGAAAAUAAAAGGGAAUUCCAGCCUGCUUUAGACUUGGGAGCAAAGAAGGAAAAUGCCCUGGGUAAUGUAGCAGUGAGCCCAGAAAAACAGCUCACAGAAAAAAAAAGUCCUGAAAAAACAGAAGGUUCUUCACAAGUCAUUACAGUUACUUCAGAGCAAUGUAAUGCAAAUUCUCUCACAAAUACACAAACCAAAGGAUGGAAAAUUAGGAGAUAUAAAAAAGAAAAGGAGGAGAAAAAAUGCAAGAAGCCAGUUUCCCAAUCUCUUGAAUUUCCAACAAGAUACAGCCCCUACAGACCUUAUCGAUGCGUUCAUCAGGGUUGCUUUGCUGCCUUUACAAUACAGCAAAACUUGAUUCUUCAUUACCAGGCUGUACACAAAUCUGAUCUAUCUGCAUUUUCUGCCGAGAUUGAAGAGGAAAACGAGACUGGUAAAGAAAGUGAUGAAAUUGAAGCUAAACAAACUGUAAAAGAAUUUCGAUGCCAGGUGAGUGAUUGCUCUCGAAUUUUCCAAGCAAUUACUGGCCUAAUACAACACUACAUGAAACUUCAUGAGAUGACUCCUGAGGAAAUUGAAAGUAUGACUGCUUCUGUUGAUGUUGGGAAAUUUCCAUGUGAUCAAUUAGAGUGUAAAUCCUCAUUUACUACCUACUUGAACUAUGUUGUUCAUCUUGAGGCGGACCAUGGAAUCGGGUUAAGGGCAAGUAAAGCAGAAGACGAUGGCAUAUACAAGUGUGAUUGUGAAGGUUGUGACCGUAUGUAUGCAACUCGGUCUAAUCUCCUCCGACACAUUUUUAAUAAGCAUAAUGACAAACAUAAAGCUCAUUUGAUUCGACCAAGAAGAUUAACACCUGGUCAGGAAAAUAUAUCAAGCAAGGCAAACCAAGAAAAAAAAUCUAAACAUCGGGGAACAAAACACAGCAGACCUGGAAAGGAAGGAAUCAAAACACCUAAGACCAAACGAAAGAAAAAAAAUAAUUUAGAAAAUAAGAACACAAAGAUUGUGCAGAUUGAAGAAAAUAAGCCUUAUUCUCUGAAACGUGGAAAGCAUGUAUAUUCAAUAAAGGCUAGAAAUGAUGCCUUAUCUGAGUGUACAAGCAGAUUUGUAACCCAGUAUCCAUGUAUGAUAAAGGGUUGCACAUCAGUUGUUACAAGUGAAAGCAAUAUAAUUAGACAUUAUAAGUGUCAUAAAUUAUCUAAGGCAUUUACAUCACAACACCGCAAUCUUCUUAUUGUCUUCAAACAGUGUUCAAACUCACAAGAAAAGGAAACUUCUGAGCAAGAAGGUGAAAAAAGUGGUGUGAAAAAUUCUGACACUUGUGUAUCAGAGAGCAAUGACAACUCAAGAACGACUACAAUUCCACAGAAAGGAGUUGAAAAAAAUGAAAAAGAUGAAAUGGAUGAGCUAACAGAAUUAUUUAUUACAAAACUAAUAAAUGAAGACAACACAAGUUUGGAGACCCAACCUAAUACUUCUUCAAAUGUAAGUAAUGAUUUUCAGGAAAAUAACCCCUGUGAGUCAGAAAAACAAAAAGCAAGUAAUUUGAAGAGAGUUAAUAAAGAAAAAACUGUCUCACAAAACAAAAAGAAGAAAAUUGAAAAAGUUGAAGCAGCAUCGGCAGUUGAGUUAAGUGACAUUCAUAAAGAAGAAGAAACUGCUGUUGGAAUUCAGACCACUGAGGAGCAUCCUGCAUUUUUUGACUGGAGCUCAUUUAAACCAAUGGGAUUUGAAGCAUCAUUUCUUAAGUUUCUUGAGGAAUCUGCAGUGAAGCAGAAGAAAAGUACUGAGAAAGACCAUCCAAAUAGUGUAACUAAAAAAGGAUACCAUUCAAAUUCAAGGAAAAACAUUGAUAAGACUGGUGUGACUAGUGGGAACCACAUAUGUUCUUGUAAAGAAAGUGAAACCUUUGUACAAUUUGCCAAUCCAUCACAGCUUCAGUGCAGUGAUAAUGUAAAAAUUGUUUUAGACAAGACUCUUAAAGAUUGCACUGAACUUGUCUUAAAGCAGCUUCAGGAAAUGAAACCUACCGUCAGUCUGAAAAAACUUGAAGUACAUUCAAAUGAUCCAGAUGUGUCUGUUACGAAAGAUAUCAGUAUAAGUAAAGCCACAGGGAGAGGGCAGUACUGAUGACUAAUGUACCAUAAAUAUAUCAUUUGCAGUUUUGUUUAAAAUAGGAAGCCAUCAAGCAUGCUAGAAUUGUGAAUUUUUUUCAUUAUUUUUUUGUUGUUGACAUCAGUUGACCAGAAAAAAGAAGGAAAAAAAAAACAAAACAUGGCAUUCGUCAUGUAAACUUUUUGUUUUUAUCCCUAUGGGACUUGAGGAACAGAAUUAAUACUACAGUUUUUGUAAAUAGUUGAGCUAAACCUCAAAUUUCUAUCAACCAGUUGCCCUUUCCAUGAACUAAAUUCUGAAUUAUCUGUGUGAUUGAUAAUGUUUCACCAAGUCACUGCUCAUGUAUAACAGUACUCUUUGUUUGUAGAUACAUUUUUUGUAUAUAUUUAUUAUUGUAAAUCAUUUGCUGCCACCAGCAGUCUUUAAGUCUAAACUAUUAAAUGACACAUUUAUAUUUGGAAUUUUCAUUUUUAACUAGGUGAUCAAGUUUUUAAAACUUAUUUUAUUGUGUUUAAUUAAGAACUUUUUGGACUAAAUGUAGAAAUUUUGCCAUAGUCCAUUCGUUUUUACAUAAAGCAUUUAUUUACAGAAUGAUCUUGAGAUUACUUUUCACAGAGUAGGUACAUUACAUUGACACCUUGCUCUGCUUUGUAAACUUACCGCCCAAGAUUUUUGGGUGGUUUUCAUGUGAAACUAAUGCAGAUUCUUUAGCAGUUUCCUAUAGCUACAGAUUUUUUUUCAUUGCUUCUAAUUGGAUAUAAUUACUAUGAUUCCAUGAAUUAUUAUGGAAAUGUGAAUAAAGAAUUUAUUACAUUGAAGAUUUUAAACAUUUGGUAUUAAAAAAAAAAUCCUUUGUGAAUGUGAUAGAAACUAGUAGUGUGGAGCAGUGUAAAUAUUUGAGGUGGUGAUUUGUGAAGUAGCCCAGUAUUGCCUUAAAUAAAACCACGUUUCAUUUCUUGUUUUAUACAUGUGAUCUUAUAAGGGUUUUGUUUGGUUUGGUUUUUUCCAUUUUCUGAAAUUUAUAGAUUGGUGUAUAGCUUUAAACUGUAUAAACUUUUGUGGAAAGAUUUUUUUAAACAUUUUUAUAAAUCUUAAAAUUCGUAUCAUCAAAGUGAGCCCAUCUUGUGUUUAUAAAAUGCAAGAGUUCUUAACACUUAUAAUUAUAUAGAUAAAACACUUUCUAUAAGGAAGUUGGAUGUUUUGAUUUUACUGUUUAUAGACGUUAGAUUGUACAGAUUUGUCUGUAUUUUCCCACCAUAUCUAAUGAUACUUUUUUCAUUAGAUUGGUCUUCAAGAGCAGUAUUAGUUGUUAAAAUUGAUUAUUUUAGAUAUUCAGUAUAUAGUUAGCUCUUAUAAUUUAGCUUAAUUCACCAUAUUUAUACUGUGGAUUCACAGCCAGAGAUAGAGGUUACUUCAGGAGCAUUUAUGACCUUCAUUUAAAUUCCAACUAAAAUCAGUACCGGACACAAAAGAAAACAUCCUUUCAACAUUACUUUUGUUUCUGUUUGCCAUAAAUAGCAUUGAGUUUUGACUUUGUGUUUGUUAUAAAAUAGUUGUGUUCAUAAUACUAUUAGCCUGAGAUAUUGAAGAUAUUGUGAUGAUAUGAAUAUGUGUAUAUUCCCUGUGCAACAUCAAAUAUGCAGGAAAAAUGAAGCACUUAACAGUAACUGAAAUCGCUGGUACUCUGAAUAAAUAAGCAUGGUCAAGGAGUGAAUUAUUUUCUUUUGGAAAUUAUUUUUUUAAAGUAUUAUAGUUUUAUUGUUAGGGCCUAAUGGGUUAUAUUGAAUAGUUGGUUUCACCUCCUGAAGAUUUAUUACCAGUAUGCUUAAAACUUGGCACAUUAAAAUUCCUACCCUUUGAGAAGCCCACUGUUAUUUAUUAAAAUAAAAGUUGUUUAUAUGGGUGGUUAA